UUGCGACCACAUCAUCACACGAAUGUUGAAGUUUUUCAUUUUCGAACUUGUUUUCCCCUAAAGACAACCAAAAUUUGUUUCACCCGAGCGCCCUGAUUUCAAAUAUUUCAAAUUUAAGUCGACCCUUUUUUUUGGCGUAUCUUUUGGCCAAGCGAGUCCAAAGCCUACUGAAAAUUGCCCGUUAAAACCGACCGCUUAGGGGAACCAGAUACACGGAGGAGAGAUGCCAAUAUUUGCCAGGAACCUGCCAUCGAUCCGCCAUUUGGCCAAGCGGAGUCUAAUGGAUGGCCGGCGAUCGUUGACCACCGUUUCGGGCCUGGAAGGGGGCCGAAAGGGCGGGGUCACGACCUCGAGUGCCUGGAAAAAGGACUGGCCGAAGCGUGAGGAGAACUUUGCGGCGGCGCAGCUCCUGCGGCAGCGGCAGCAGAACCGCCAGUGGAGCAACCACAUUCCCCACCUCGACUCCGCCAUGUUCCGGCCGGUGGUCCUGCCGGAUGACGCGAUACCGCGUCGCAACAAUGUGGUGGCCGCCCAAAAUGCGGCCAAGAGAAGGAACGUCCUGGCCCGACAGGCGUCCCAGGAAAACCGGAACGCCAUGCAGGAGCAGCAGGACAGGGAGGAGGAGCGACUCAGCCGAGAGCUGCAGGCCCAGGAGGAGGAGUACGACGACGAGUCCGACCUGGAGGUGCGCUCCGUUCGCGAGACCGUCUUCGGUCCGCCGGAGGACAACGAUGAGGAGGACCGAAAGCGAGCCCAGGCGGACAACGAGCUGCUGCGGCGGGUCACCGUCACCUCGCAGCAGAACCAGGAUCGCUCCAACAGACCCUCCAUCUCGCGGAAGGUCAUCUCGCCGUACAUGUCCUACCGCAGCCACCGCACCCGGUGGGCAGAGUUCCGGCACAGCAUGAUCUACGGCCGAUCGAGCUACUAGGAGUCCUCCGUUGCCAAAAUUGGAGUGUUAAGUGUCUACUCCCGGAAAACGCUGCUUGUCACUUUCGGACUGAAUUUACCGUAUCCAUUUUAUGUCGGGGAUUGCGUUAUUCAAAAGAACUUAAAUAAAUUCAGUCUAUAAGCUUA